CAAGCUCUCACUGACGCAGAGCGCGACGCCAUGCGCACGUUCUUUGAAGGAAAAAAGCAAGAAUCCUUACUGUUUGGACAAUUCAAAAGAGAGAAUGCUAACGCGGUGCACAAUGGGUUGAUGGCUCAUCGACAGUUCAGUACAACGAUCAUUGCGGUUGCGAAUACCUUUACUUCCUUUUUGCGGGAC